AUGGGCGAGCUCGAACCCCACGGCGGGGGCGGCACGACGAACCCCACUGCCGGGCGUGGCCAGGCGCGGCGAGGUCGGGCGCGUGACCAGGAGGGGCGGGGCGGCCCGGGAACGGUGGGGGGGCGACCAGCAGCGGUGCAGGGGACGAGGUCGGGCCGGGCACGCGAGCUGCGGCGCGUGGGAGGCAAGGCCGGUGUCCAUUCUGUGCAGUCGCGAAGCCGCCUCGCUCGCUUCCACCGGUCCAUGCGCAAGAUGGUCACGCCGGCGUCCUCGGCGCCGGACCCUCGCGCCAAAUCGGGGAGCGGCGAGCAGUGGAGGAGGAGGGGCAUGAGGCGCAGGAGGAGGGGCGCGACGCUCACCUCCGCCCGGAUCCAGCCCGCGGCCGGGCGCGCGACCAGGGGCGGCGGCGGCGGUGGCCGGGCGCCCGACCAGUGGCGAGCGCCGGGCGAGCGGCACGACGCGGCGCGGCGCGGCGAGGGGCGCGAGCGACGAGGGCGAGCGGCGCGGCGCGGCAAGGGCGAGCGACGCGGUGUGGGCGGCGAGCGAGGUGGAGCAGGGGCGCGUCGAGCGGUGGGGUGGGCCAGCUAA